UCUGCAGUCGGUUAACGUGGCUUGCGCGCACAGCAUGUACUACCCAAAUCACAACAAAAGCUCUAUGAAGUAACACGAAAUCAACCCCCCCAUUUGGUGGAGAAAUCGCGCGCGCAACAACAAGUUCUUCCGUUUUUACUAUUAUUUUUAUUUAUUUUUUUAAAGGUGCCAAAACCACCAAAAACAUCUUCAACCACAAGAAAAACCAGAUUCAAUAAUGCCACAAAGCCCGAUGGUAAAUCCUUUAAUGAAGCCGUUUGUGGUGCUCGCUUUGCCGGGAAUGUACCUAUUUUACAAGUAUAACCAGUAUAAAAGAAAACGAAAAGAAAAUGCUCGAAGAAGAUUGACUGAACGCGAACUACAACAUUUAAACAACAAAAUCGAUAAAUUACUAAGUAAAUUGGAGGAAAGUGAACCAGAAUUAGCAACAUGUCAAGAGGAAGAGUGCGUAAUUUGCAUCCAUGCGAAAGCAACGAUGCAAACAGCCCCAUGCGGACACCAAGUCGUCUGUCGGAAAUGUUUCGUAAAAACGAUUCAAAUCGCCGUUUCGCAACGUUUAUUACCUCUUCGUUGUGUUAUAUGCAGAGCAAAAAUAUUAAGACUUAAGACUGGGCCAUUAAUUCCAUCUUCCGUAAGUGGUUACUCCGUGAAUUCUCGGACAUCCUCUGUUCCACAAUCGGAUAGUUUAUACAGCGUGAGCAGCGGAGGCUCCUCCAUCUCUUCGACGUCUUGUUCUUCCGAUGGGAAAGGUCUAACUUGUUGUGGCGGGACUGGUCAUUGCAUGGGGGCUUACCCACGGCAACCAACGGGGGCUUUAAGGAAAUCGCAGCAACACGCGAUGAAAAUUAAGUUGCAAGAGUAUAACAAUAAGAAUGCUGUUAACAGGUUACCUCCAAUUAAAGAGUUACCGGCUUCGAGUCCGAGUCACAGUAUAGCGCCUGCCUCUACAAGAAUAAGAUGUGCCCAAAAAAUUGUAACUCAACUAGAAACGGUUGCUAAAAAUGGGUACAAAUACAAAAAGUUGCCCCAAGAAGAAGAGCCGCAACAAGAAGAAUACUGUGUGGAAGAUAAAAAACGUUGGAACGAAAAAAUUUGGAAACAGAGGCAAAGAAGCGAAGAACGAGAUGAUAACAAAAAGAAUGAGUUGACUGAGAAAGUGAUGGAAAUGAAACAAAAAGGGUUUGAAUUAAAAGGUUGCUUAAAAGAGGAGAAAACCAAAAAAAUCAAUGAGCAUAAAAUGUAAAAGAACAAAUUGAGGUUAUGGUUAAAAAUUUCCUUAUGGUAUAAUUUAUUUUUUUUAUAAAGCCAAAGUCAAUUAGGUUAAAAAAGAAGAAUUAAUAGCAUAUCUACCUUGAGAAAUCAAACUUAAAAGAUAAUAACGAGCAAUAACGUAGAAACAAUCUGAUUCGGAUUUAAAAUGGGAAAUAUAUUAUAUCAUUUUGGAAAGGAUUUUGUGCGAAACGAAACAAUUGUUAAAGUUGACUGCUUUUAUUAGAUUUUAACUGAAAGUACGGAAAAUAUCUUAAAAUAUCUUCAUAAAAUUAUUUAUUAGUUUACUGUUAUUUGUGCCAAACUUCAUCUUUGUUGGUAAAACAAAAUCAUUUCAUUCACAUCGAAGAAAAAGCGUCCAAUUAAAAAAAGCAACUAAUAAUACAAUAAUUUAAAGAAAUGUAACUUAUAAUCAAAUAUCGUGCGUACAAAAGAAAAUAAUUUGUCAAAUUCAAAAAUAUUGAAAACGUCAUUAAAAGUGUCAUUACAAACGUCAUUGAAAACGUCAUCAAAAUAUAAUGAAAAAAUAUAACCUCGAGUUUCGUUAGAAAUAAAUAGUCAAUAAAACUGGUUGUAGGUUGUUAAACUUAUCUUAAAGGUAAGAGUUGAAUUUAUAUGUUUAUUUAUUUAUUAUCAAGUUGUUUAAAAAAAUUUAAAUUUGGCGCGAUAUGAAACUAAAACAAGAAGUGCCAACAUCAAAAAAAAUAAUUACUAAAAUGAAAUGUCAACAUUAAAUUUGAUAAUAAAUAAAUAAUCUUUUUAAAACACUAAAAUAUUAUUGAAACAUUAUUUUAGUAGUGCUAAUAACAUAUCUUUGCUUCAACCAAAAAAUUUACGGUGAAAAAUAAAAGAAAACCUCAGUGGCAAUAAUAAUCUACUUCAAGUUUUAAAUUUUAAGCAUAAAACGUACCGAAAUGAAUUAAAACGAGAACAAAACUGAAUUUUAAAUAAAGGUAACGUUUAAUAAAAAAAAUUUUAUUGAUUAAUGUAGAAAAUAUUACUUAAGUGAAAAAAGAAGUUAGGUUAUGAUUGCGUUUAGGUAAAUUAAAUAAAAAUGUGAGGAUAUAUAUUUAAUAAUACGAUUAAUAGGAGGAAAAACUGUUGUGCAAUACACUUAUGAUUAAAAUAAAUAUUAAUAAAAUACAAGUUUCAAAUAAAA